CUCUGCUGUUUCAACGUUUAACAAAUUAGGUUUUCAUUCAACUUCUCCUCUUCUUCUUCUUCUUCUUUGCCUCAAAACUCUUUAAAUUUUUAAACUUUAUCUCCCAAUCGAUCCGUAUACUUCCGUUCAUUAUCGUCAUAAAUCCCACAAUAAAAUCUAAAUUCAUUUCAAACAAUUCAAACCUCAACUCUCCAUCUCCCGUAUCAGAAAAUGAAACCGUCAGUUGAACUGGAACUAUAUAAAUUAGAGAAUUAUAAGAGGAAGAUCAACCUACUGAUCCCGUUUCUGAUAUCCUCCUUCCUCAAAAUUGCGAAAUGGCUUCGUCUGCUACUAUCGAUUCUCAACAACCUCUUCCUCACUCCCCCUUCGCUGCGCUUCGUCUGGGUAGAUCUUCUCAAUCUAUCCAUGCCCGCCUGCUCCGUUUUUGGGACUCCUCAAAUUUCAGCAACCCCAAUGAAUUCAAGGGAAUCACUUUGCUUUUCCUUGAUGAGAAGGAUUCUAUGAUCAACGGCAUCAUUCAUGCUGAACAGGCCAAUCACUACCGUCGGUCCUUACAAGAAGGUGACAUCUACAGAGUUGCCCACUUUGAAGUUGGAAUAUGCCCACAUAUGUACAAGAGUACAGAGCAUACCUUCCUAAUCCGAUUCCUCGAAGAAACAACGAUUGAUUCAAUCAUCAACAAUUGUCCUCAUAUCAGCCUACAAAAAUUCAUGGUUCGCAACUAUGAACAACUCCAGAUCCUUGCCAACACCAAUUUAGAACUCCCUGAUGUUGUUGGUCAAAUCCAAACGGUCAAAGGUUAUGACCUUAAGAACGCUGAAGUCAUUUCCCCACUUCUCAUACGUCUUCGCAUUGCCCCGAACAUCGAAGUGGACGUGUCUUUAUGGGACACAGCUGCAGCAACGUUUAAGGCAGUCUUAAACUCAGGAGAGAAAGCCUACACUGUUAUGGUGGUCACAAGUGUGGCCCCAGAAAAAAUAGGAGAUAAGCUAUACCUUAGCUCCACCCCAGCAACCAGGUGUUUUUUCAGCCCCACUCUCCAAGCCAUCACAGACUUUACAAUGAGCUUGAGAGGUGCAGUCACCAAUUUGGACGACAACACGGAGAACGCUACCUGGCCCCUUAGCUCAAUUGGAGAUCUCAGCUACUUCCUCUCCAAUCCUACCGACCAGGAACCUUAUUUUGUCUGCAAAGCCCGGAUAGUUGACGUCUUAGGCCAACAUGGCUGGUACUACGUUUGUUGCACUCAGUGCAGCAAAGAAAUGGUGAAAUCAGCUGCCUCUCUCCGCUGUGACCAAUGUGGUAACACCAAUGAUAAAGGCCAUACUGAUACUUCGUAUAAACCCCAAAUGGAGAAUAUGAAGAAGUCCGUCCUGUCUCUGUCGGAUGUGAUGUAGUGGGUAGAGCAGGUGAGCUUGUGAUGUAGUGGGUAGAGCAGGUGAGCUUAACCUGCUGUGAUGUAGUGGGUAGAGCUUAAUCUGAGUCUUUUAUAUAAACAUGUAAAAAGGGCUAGUCUUUGGGUAAGGUAAGAGAGAGUCAAUAAAGAACACGUUUUCAUCUUA